CUUGGCCCAGUUAGUUACGUAUGUCAUCUGCGUGUUGCCUUCACCUUCCACGCGGUCAGGUUGCUUCAACGCCGUCACAACAUCCCCUUCACUGCGCUUGUGCCACCUCGUCGUUCCGGGUAUUUAUUCUGCGAACAUUACCUAGAGAUCUCCCCUUUUGAUACAAAUACCACGUCGUUUUUCCUCUCCAAAGCAUCACUUUACGCCAUCUCCAGCAGCUACUUCGCGAUUAUGUACGGAGACAUCUACAGCCGCGCCGCUGGUCGCUCUCGGGGCGCGCAACGCUUCGAUGAGUACUACCGCUGCUACCCCCUUGUUAUGGCGCCCGGUGCCGAACGACCUGAACUCAACUACGGCUCCAAGAUCCUGCUCCCGCCUUCCGCUCUCGACAAGGUUUCGCGACUACACGUACAAUGGCCCAUUAUGCUAGAGCUCAUCAACGGCUCGCAGGGAGCACACACACACGCCGGUGUGUUGGAGUUCGUGGCGGAGGAGGGUAGGGCCUACAUCCCGCAGUGGAUGAUGCAGACACUUAAGCUCGACGUGGGCGAUAUGAUCCAGAUCAAGACGACAUCUCUCGAACUCGCCAAGCUAGUAAAGCUUCAACCGCAGUCGGUCAACUUCCUCGACAUUAGCGACCCCCGUGCCGUCCUCGAGAAGGCCUUCCGGAACUUUGCGGCCCUCACCAAGGGCGAUGUUUUCAACUUUGAGUACAACGAUGAAAUCUACGAAAUGGCGGUCCUGGACGUCAAGCCGGAGACCGCUAAGAUGGGUGUCUGCAUGAUCGAGACAGACGUCAGCGUCGAUUUCGCGCCGCCAGUUGGCUACGUCGAGCCGUCGCGACAGACACAAGGCAGCGGUACCAGCACGCCGCGCAGCGGAAGGGCUGUUGGCGGAGGACUUCCGGCGGGUGGUCUUUUGCACAACCAGGGCACCAUGGCUCAGGCCAUCAACUACGAUGCUAUUGCACCGGGAGCCACCACCACAUCGGUGGGCAAUUUCCACGGCGAGGGUAUGCGGUUGGCGGCGAAGAAGGGUAGCAAGACGGGAACACCGAAGCCGGCGACGCCGGUGGCGGGCACUUCGAUCAACGUUAAGGACGUGGUUCUGCCCAGGAGGAAGAACAACAACGGCCCCUUGCCGCUGCGUCUGCCGCCCAACAAGCUCUUCUUGGGAUACGAGAUCAAACCUGUCAAGACAGCGGCAGACAAGGAGAGGGAAGCGGCCGCGGCCAAGCAGCCGCACUUUGCCGGCCAGGGACAGACGCUCCGUGGAGGAGCCCCGAAGAAGAAAGGCGAUGGUGAUGAUAAGGCCGCGCAACCGGAGAAGAAGCCAGAGGAGAGCAAGGGGAGGCGACUUGAUGGCAGGAAUGUCUAGGGGAAACCUUUCGUUUAACAAGCUUGUUACUAGAUGGCUUGCUUUGCUUUGAUGCAUUCUCGGGCGUUCAUGGAGAAACAGGGUAAUGGGAUAGGGAGGUUCAAGUCAAGGGAUCACGGAACGUUUGUAGCGUCAUUAUGAAUACACAUGGACAGGCAACGGUGCUUUUCAAGAUAGAAAAAGGCUGCAGAUGGGAUGUCCAGUGAUGAGCAGCACGAUGUUCACUCACGCCAUCCAGCAGAGUAGAAUUAGUGAAGAAAGGAAACGAUGCCUCAUGGUCUCA